AACAACAUCCUCGAGACCGAGAAGUCGACAAAUUCAAUUGCAAUCGCGGUUCAACGAGGAACCUGAAACUGAAUAUUGCCAGUGCUUGGAGUACCUUUCUUUGCAAUUGCACGACGCGGUCAAUUGAGUUGCGACCGCGAGCAUAGUCAAGUCGCCUACAACGUCACCAAGGCAGGUUAACGGUCCAUACGCAUAACUUUGCAGUCGAUACAAGAGCCUAUUGCGCGUCAUGGGCAUCAUUCUGUCCCUCUUCAAGAGCCCGCGACGGGAUGAUCCAGCCGCCGCGCCGUUGGUCGCAUCACCCCUACUUGAGCUCUUUACCUUAGUUACACUGCCAGAACCAACACCAACAGAAACCGACAUCCUAUCACGAUUACCCCCAAUCCUCGCCGAGCGAACACGAAUCCUCCAAGACUUACGAGCGUACCCAGGCAACACCGACCUUGUACGGGACGCAAUCUCAAACGGUAAAGACGAAGAAAAGUUCCAACGGGCAUGGACUGCCGUACAACCUUCCGUUUUCAUCCUCGGCGACGCGUACAAACUUAGCGAAGCGCUCCCCGCCGCACUCUCACUUCUCCUCUCACACCUGACCUCAACACGAUCUACACCCGCAUCGCAGGCGAUGCUAGAGAACCCCAAGAUAACACGAUAUUUGUUGUCGGUGGUUGCUUGGGCAGUCGAAUUCGAUAUCUUGAAGCUCAACCGUCCACAACUCCAAAACGACUUCUCCUUCUACCGCCGCUCACUCUCCCGCUCACCCCCGCAAACAGCCUCCUCCACUACACCCUCAAUCUCAACGAUGAAACAAACACUCGAACAAGAUCAGUUAGCAGAUACGUUGGCGUUGUGGAGUGGGCAGGCAUACAUCAUGCUUAACACUUUAAUACGGGCGUGCGAGGAGUAUGGAAGAAGUGGGAGCAGAACGGGGCAACAAGUCGUGGGAGUGUUGAGAGAGUGCGCAAAUGGGUGCAUGACAGCGCUAGACGGAACCAUGAAAGGAAACAACGAGCUCUCGAGCGCCCUGGUAGCCUCGAUCAUCCUAUACGACAACACUGAUCCAGAAGGGGCGUUCCAUCGGUCAUCGCCUAUUAACACAAGACAAGCAGCUAGAAUACUACAGAGUUCGUCGUCAACCGAACGUAGUGCGGAAUUGUUGGGUGCGUUGACUAGCAAUGUACGGCAUUUAAAUGAUGAGGGGACGUCGAAGGUUGUUAAGGCGGUGUUUGGCAAAGCUUGAGCUAGAUCAAAGGGUAGAAAGGUGUUUAUCGUAUGACGUUUGCUGUGGUCAGCUGUAGCUAUGGCUUGAAUUGCGAGUAACUCCCAC